AUGGCUUCCAAGGAUGACAAAGACAGCUCCAGCAUCGAGAAAGUCGAGGUUAUCGACAAGGAGAGGAACCAGCCAGACAUUGCCGAGCUGGAGGCCCUCGCCCUUCCCGACUUCGACGACCCCAACAUCGACCGAGAUGCUGCCAUUCAAGGUGUUCUAGAGGACGAUUCGCCCUACCCCGAAGUGCGUUCCGCCGUCGCCAAUACCGACGACCCCGACAUCCCAGUGUCCACAAUCAGGUCAUGGACGCUCGGUCUCAUCUGGGCCAUUCUAAUCUCAGGCCUCAAUCAAUUCUUCUUCUUCCGUUACCCCUCCGUUACCAUCACCGGUAUUGUCGCACAGCUCCUUAUCUUCCCUAUGGGCAGGCUCUGGUACAAGGUCGUCCCUAACGUGAAGAUCUUUGGGAAAGAGCUGAACCCCGGUCCGUUUUCGAUUAAAGAGCAUGUGCUCUCGACUAUUAUGGCUAUCGUGGGGGCUUACAGCGCCUAUGCAACCGAUAUCAUUGCGGUCCAGCGAGUUCUCUACAAUCAGAACUACAACUUCUCGUAUCAAUGGAUGCUGGUCAUGUCUACCCAGCUUAUCGGUUUUUCCAUUGGUGGAGUCGCUCGGCGUUUCCUCGUACAGCCGCCCUCUAUGAUUUGGCCAGCCAAUCUGGUAACAUGUGCACUCUUCAACACCUUGCACGCACAGACCUACGCGGGCAUGGGUAACCGUGGAGGUUUGAGUCGAGAACGAUUCUUCCUCUACGCUUUGAUCGGCGCUACCUGCUGGUACUUCAUGCCCGGCUACUUAUUCGGUGCACUCAGCUACUUCAACUGGGUGUGCUGGAUUGCUCCAGACAACAUCAAGGUCAACACUAUGUUUGGAUACUUCCAUGGCCUGGGUAUGAGUCUGGUCACUUUCGAUUGGGCACAGAUUGCCUACAUCGGUUCCCCACUAGCCACACCCUGGUGGGCUGAAGCUAAUAUUGCUGUUGGCUUCGUCUUCUUCUUCUGGAUUCUCGCUCCUAUCCUCUACUUCACGAACGCAUGGGACAGUCAAUACAUGCCAAUAUCUGGACGUGGCUCCUACGAUAACAUGCAGAAGCCAUACAAUGUCACCCUCAUCCUUAACCCAGACGCUACAUUCAACCAAGAAGCCUACGAAGCUUACAGUCCCCUCUUUAUCCCGACCACAUUCGCCAUUUCCUAUGGUCUCUCAUUCGCCUCCAUCACUGCCACCCUCACCCAUGCUUUCCUCUACUUCCGAAAACAAAUUUGGACCCAGGCCCGUCGUGCCAUCCACGAACAGCCAGACGUGCACGCCCGCCUUAUGGCCCGCUACCCCCAGGUCCCUCAAUGGUGGUACCUCAUCAUCUUCUUGACCAUGUUCGCCUUCGGUAUCAUCUCGAUCGAAGUCUGGGAAACCAAAUUCCCGGUCCAGUGGUUCAUUCUCGCCCUCGUCAUCGCCUUCUUUUAUGUCAUUCCCAUCGGAAUGAUUCAGGCCAUCACCAACCAACAAGUUGGUUUGAACGUCAUCACCGAACUCAUUAUUGGCUAUGGUCUUCCCGGGCGACCAGUCGCAAUGAUGAUGUUCAAGACAUGGGGUUAUAUCACCAUGGCUCAAGCCCUUACCUUCACGUCUGACUUUAAACUCGGUCACUACAUGAAGGUUCCUCCUCGUGCAAUGUUUUUCGCACAAGUCAUCGCGACCAUGAUCGCAGGUACCACCCAACUCGGCGUCCAAGCCUGGAUGUUCAGCAACAUCCCCAACAUGUGUACACCCGACCAGCGAGAUGGCUUUAUCUGUCCCGCAACAGAAGUCUUUGGUACCGCUAGUGUCAUCUGGGGAGUCAUUGGACCUGCUCGUCAGUUCUCAAAGGGAGAAGUCUACUAUGCCCUGGUAUUCUUCUUCCUCGCUGGUUUCGUCACACCCAUCAUCGGGUACUUCUUGACCAGGAGGUUCCCCAACAGCUGGCUACGAUACGUCAACUUCCCGGUCAUCUAUUCCGGGACAGGCUACAUGCCACCCGCCACCGCAUCCAACUACGUCCCCUGGGCCAUCGUCGGGUUCAUCUUCCAAUACGUCAUCCGGCGCCGCCACUUCUCCUGGUGGACAAAGUACAACUACGUACUCUCCGCUGCACUCGAUGCUGGCGUUGCACUGGCGGCUGUUAUCAUCUUCUUCACUCUCCAAUACCCGAAGAACGGCGAUAUUGGGGUGAACACUAUCCAAGCAUGGUGGGGCAAUACGGUCCCAUUCAACACCGCCGAUGGCCGUGGCCUGUCAUUGAGGAACGUCGCGCCAGGGGAAACAUUCGGCCCACGUACAUGGAAGUAAUUCCAACGUUAUUCACGACCUCCAUCCACGACCCUCGCUUCUCUGCCCGCUUUCGAUGUAUCGUAUAUCUAACCGUGUAUCAUAGCUCUUGAUUAUGAAUGCCCACUUUGCGCUGUUUAGAAUAUCUAACGCGCCCCCGUCU